GGACAAUUAUUCCAACAGUCAGCGUGUGCCUGUACACACGCGCGCGCGUUCAUUCACAUUGAUGCCUCGCGUAUUCGUUACACAUUCUUAUAUAGAUUUUUACGCCUCGUACUUGUUUGAAAUAAUUAUCGAACACUGAUGCGUCGACACUUUUGUGGACUAUGUAACAAAAUAUUUUCAACAAAAACUGUUCGUAUAGUCGCCUCGAACAAGUAUUCGGCUAUAUCGGAAUCGACCAAUAGAAAACACAAUUCAAGAAAUAUAAGAUAAGUGAUGACAAUAUUAAGCAGUCGCGACGUUUUCAAUGUUUUCAUAGAAGAGAAAGGACUUUUAAAACCUUAAAAUGACAAAAUGUUCGGUAUAAAUCUACAAGUAAUCAAGGUUCAUGGUCACGUUAGAACUGUAUCACCGUUUUGCGAUACCGUGCAGCGAUCUCAAACGAGAGAAGGCUCUGGAUUCAUAGCAAAACAUGUCCACGCAAGGCACGGAACUUACGAAUUGCCUCGUUACUCGAGAUGUCGAGACUAUACUGGACGAGACACAGGGCAAUCGUGCAGACAUUUUGGAGUACCUGUCGGUUCUGAUUAACGAAGAUAACAAUGAGAACGGACGAAUGCAGGAAUUAAUAUUGGAUGAACAGUUGCUAAGUGGCACUACAUUGACAGCUGUAACACUACCCGAUGGGACACAAGCAUUCAUGGCGAAUAACUCUAACAAUGACGCGGAUUCAAAGAAUCAAACGACACUAGAAUUGGACAAUGGAGAUACUAUAUUAUUUCGGGAUGUAUCAGAAUUUGCAGACGGUAAGUCAUUUUGGUUGGAAUUAGAUCAUGCAAUGCGGCUGCAAGCACGUAACAUUACCGUAGAGAACGAAGAGAAUGCCUAUCCAAGGGUGGAGUUCAUAGAUGGCACAGCCUAUGUGGUAACGGGUCAUUUAGAUGUCGGCAAAGACCUAUGGGAAAUCGAGAGCGGCAAACUUUCUAAAAAGGACUCUAAGAUUUUAUUGAAUAAACUCUCCACAUCGAGGAUCAGACAUCCUUGUCCCAGGGAAGGCUGUUCAAAAGUUUAUAGUACACCCCAUCAUCUUAAGGUGCACGAACGAUCUCAUACUGGUCAACGACCAUACCGAUGUACAUAUCCGAAGUGUAAGAAGAGUUUCUCGACAGGAUACAGUUUGAAGGCGCAUUCGCGUACGCACACGGGAGAGAAACCUUACAAAUGUUCGAACGAAGCCUGCGAUAAAAGUUUUAAAACUUCAGGAGACUUGUUAAAGCAUGUGCGAACGCACACCGGGGAACGGCCUUUUCUGUGUCCAUUCGAUGGUUGCGGUCGCUCUUUUACUACGAGCAAUAUCAGGAAGGUUCACGUGAGAACACAUACCGGCGAACGUCCGUAUAAAUGUACACAACCGAAAUGCGGCAAGGCUUUCGCCAGUGCGACUAAUUAUAAAAAUCACAUUCGAAUCCAUUCUGGCGAGAAGCCAUAUGUCUGCUCUAUCGAGAAUUGCGGAAGAAGAUUCACCGAGUAUUCUAGUCUUUACAAACAUCACCUGGUCCACACACAACAGAGGCCGUUCGAAUGUAAAGUCUGCUUUAGGAGAUACAGACAGAGCAGUACUCUUAUAAUGCACAAAAGAACGGCACACGCGUUAGUCGAUAACGAUGAUAACGUGGACAUUUUUUUCCAAGAACCAAUCUCAGACCCUUCCGUUCGGGCUAAAGAUAGGCGAAAGACGAACCUUACUCGGGAACAAAACGAUAGCCCUCCUUUGAAGAUUACAGGGAAGGACAGACAAAUUCAAAUUCAUUCCAAAGCGAUCGACGAUUUAAACGACAAUGAAACACAGAUAUUACUAGUUGGCGAUCCCUCUCAAAUCGCAGCGUUGCAGAAAAUCGAGUUGAACGGUGGUUUCGACGAGCCUGAGAUCGACACCUCGUUCGAAGAACUGAACAUAAAGAUCGAAGACAUAGAACUUGGAUGGAAUUAGCGCUUCGUUUGAACGACGGUGGUUGCUCAAACAUUUAUUCGUUUUGCAAAUUUUCAAUAUUUUUCUCUCAAAGUAUAUCGCAAUUUCGUUGCCACUAAUUAUCUCGCCAAAGUUGUUUCUAUUGUAAAAAGAAAGGAAAUAAAGCAGUUCGAUUAAAUAUUUGAUCAACGGUAAUCAGGAUUUGAAGUUUAUACGGUAAUAAUCGGAUCAAUUUGAUUUAUCGAUUUGUUUAUUGUCAUCACUAUUAUUACUAUUACUACUAUUACUACUAUUACUACUAUUACUACUAUUACUACUAUUAUUACUAUUAUUACUAUUAUUACUAUUAU